AUGUCCUGGCAUCUGCUUUCUGCCGCGGUGCUGCUGCUGCUUCUCGUGGCGUUGAUUUCUUGCGGCAGCUGUGAGGCGGCGGCGGUUGCUGCGGGGAGUGGGCCACAAUCGGCACAACAACCGCCAUCGACAGUUGUGCUGUUUCAAAAAACGGAAGAUCCGCAGUCGAGUGGAGUUCCAGCUUUGGCCGGUCUGACUGAGAGGAAAAAAGUGUACGGAUUCGCCGGUCACUCCCUUGUGCAUGCGGGUGGAGUGACGGUGGCCCUUGCCAAGGCCCGCUACGGCCCUGGCCUCAUUUCCGACGUUGGGAUUUGGGCGACGUGCAUCAGCUGCAGCGGCGGGAGCAGCGGCUGCACUCCGCUGGCUACUGUUGCUGAUGCUGCUGGAAGUGGAUGUCAGUGGGCUAAGGCGGUGCCUAACGGCGGCGAAGGGCAGAGCGGCCCUCUUGUCUUCCGCUACGGCCCCAGGGCGGUU